UUUCCCUUAAAAAUUGUCAAAGUGUCAGGGCUUGUCAAUCUGUGACUAACUAUUCGGGGGGUUUCGUUAAAUUUCCGUUAACAAAAUUGGUCGUAAUGGAGCUAGUAUCAGCCCCAGAUCCCCACUUCAUUCCAGGAUACACCGGGUUUUGCCCCCAGUACAAGUACCGCAUUGGAGACACUUACGGUACUACCACUCAUAAACUCCUCCUAGACCCGACUGUACACCAUGCGGAAAAACUCGUUCUGUCGGAUAGGCUAGCCGACGAUUACCAGGUGGUACGACCGCCACAACGCGACAUCGACAUCGUAAACGCCCGAGCUGUGACCAACGACACCAUCUACAAACACCCAAUAAUCCCCGGCUACGAAGGUUUCGUACCAAGAGAACACAACCUCAUGGGCCAACGCUUCACGGUUCAAGCAACCGAAGCCCUAGCCGAGUUCGAGAAGCUUCAAAGCGCCGAUAAACAAGCCCUUCACGAGUUGUUGCGAAUAGGAGCGGUGCAAGACGCGAAGUGGUACCCCAACACCCUUUCCGACAGAGAGUUGACUAGUACUCAAUUCAAACUACCUUUAACCGACGUACGACCCGAAUGUGCCGGUAUUUUGAGGAACCUUCCCCAAGUGGAAGCACCUCUUACGCCCCCACGACACUCACCUAGUCCCUACUUCAUGGAUAACACCGAUCCCGAAAAGUACUUCAAAAAAGGUUUUGCAGGGCAUGUACCUUUCGGGUACGCCGCGUUCGGCAAGACCAACGAAGCGAUGACUAACAGUACCUUGUGUGACUUCACGUCUAACUAUCGCAAGAGAUUGAGUACCGAGUGGGCACCGGUUACCAUCAGUCGCGCCGAUCCUCCUCUUUUGAUCAAACCGACGGAGAUUUACCACAAACAUAUCGGGCAACUACCCAACUACGGCGGGCAUAUUCCGGGAGCCAUCUUCAGGUUUGGAAAAACGUACGGGAAUGACUCACGAGACGCGAAAAGGUGGCUGAGAGGGGACUACAACUAAGAUUUACACAAGUACGAUUUUUAUAAAUCUUGAGGUACUACAACAAUUUACGAACGAUUAGUUUAAUUGGAGUUUCCAGUUUCUAAAUGCCUGUGCUGCUUUAUCUAAGUAAGCGUCCGUCUGGAAAAAAGGAAAUAAAAACUGGUUUACAUAGA